AUGGCCAGUCCUUCCACGAGCUUGUGCAACGAAGGGCCUUCAUCGUUGGCCGACGAUGUGUCCCCCGAGAGUAGAAAGAUAGUGACCAAUCCUCGCUCUGCUCGGGCCGAACGGUCUAGGCGAAGGAGCACCAGUGCAAGGGGUGACCCAUUCAGCAAUGCAAAGCCCCACGAGGAGGGCCUCAAGUCUCCAGAACCUGGAGCACGGUCGAUGGAUUUCAACUUGAAAGAGAAAGCGGCUUCAGCCAGGUUUAGUAACAUGAAUCCACGAGCUCAGAUGGAAGAUAUGGGGAAGAGAGGAAUGGAAGUUGGAUGGGCAUCUCCCGCUCCUAUGAUGAAAGCCACCGCGCCUAACCACACUAGUACGCUUGGUGCCAGCAACAAUCGAAGCGGCAGUCCUGCUCAUCAGAGGCACCCUGGCAACGCUUGCGGAGGAGGGAGCUGGAAAGGUUGA